CGAAAACCACUGCUCUUCAUUCCACUGUUUCUACAGCGAAAACCACUGCUCUUCAUUCAACUGUUUCUACUUUCCAAACACAUAAAUUUACUAAUACUAACCCUAGCAAAACCCAACUCCCCACUUCUGAGAAUAUUACCCUGGCAAUCUCUACUUAUUUGAUAGCAAAAACCACUAUAUUUUAUUCUACGAAAUUUUCUUCUACCCUCUGCGUUUCUACUUACAAUGUAGCCACCCCUCCAGAUUAUAAACCCCCAGCUAAUAACCCCCCAGCUAAUAAUCCCCCAGCUGAUAAUCCCCCAGCUAAUAAUCCCCCAGCUGAUAAUCCCCCAGCUAAUAACCCCCCAGCUAAUAAUCCCCCAGCUGAUAAUCCCCCAGCGGCUUCGGCUCCCCCAGCGGCUACGGCUCCUGAUGCGACUCCCCCAAUUAGCACCGGUGUUUCCAAUCUUCCAACCCUAACUAGCACUAGUUCCCCAGCUAAUCCGCCAGAACAUACUUCUGGCACAGAAAAAUUGAUAUAUAUUGUAUCAGUUUUUACAGGACUUUCUUUUGUUU